AUGUCCUUCUCGACUACAUGGAAAUAUUUCCUCAGCAAACCACAUCGGUCACGGCUAACGAACACCUCCGCCACCGACGUACCGCACGUCACCGCCAUCCGGCCUGUCAAGGGCCUUGAGCCCCACUUGUAUGACUGCCUGGCUGCCACCUUUCGACAGGACUACCCGAGCGACAAGCUCAGCAUUCGUCUCUGUGUAUCAACGCGCGACGACCCGGCCUACCCUACCCUGCGCAAACUAAUCACCGACUUCCCCCAUGUUGAUGCACGGAUCUUUGUCGAAGAUGAAGAUCCGCUCUUGCAGCAGGAUGGCAUCAAUACGUACACGCUCGGACCGAAUCCCAAGAUCCGGAAUAUGAGCCGCGCAUACCGAGAAGCGAAAGGAGAUAUCGUCUGGAUCAUUGACUGCAAUGUCUGGGUCGGGAAGGGAGUCUGUGCUCGGAUGGUGGACAGACUGUGCGGGACGGGACCCGCAUCGAACAAAAAAUACAAGUUCGUGCACCAUCUACCCGUGGCCGUGGACGUGACCGGAGAGAGCAACCUGCGUGAAGAGCGACAGGCGCUCGUGGACGCCAACCCACAGUCCACGGAUGCCGAUGCAGCGGCCGCAGCGAUGCCCUCCGUCCGUCCGGAGGAUGGGCCUGCAGCCAUGAUAGCCACUGGAGGCGGUCGCUUGGAAGAGCUGUUCCUAUCCUCCGCGCACGCGAAAAUGUACACUGCGAUCAACACGGUUCUUGUUGCGCCAUGCAUCGUGGGAAAAUCCAACAUGUUCCGCCGCUCCCAUCUCGACUAUCUCACCCGUCCGGCGGUCUCGGGUCCCGAGGCUCGUCAUCCCGGCAUCGAUUUCUUCUCCGACAACAUCUGCGAGGACCAUCUUAUUGGUGAUCUGCUGUGGAAGAAGCAGGUGCGGGAAGAGAAAGAGCUCCGCGAGCGUUGGGGCAAGCAUGCCAUGGUCUUUGGUGACAUGGCUAUUCAGCCUGUUGCCAACAUGAGUGUGCCGGCAUAUAUCGCUCGUCGUGUCCGGUGGCUGCGGGUGCGUAAAUUUACAGUUCUACUCGCUACGCUUGUCGAACCAGGCACCGAGUCCUUUUUAUGCACAAUCUAUGGCGCCUGGGGCAUUACUACUGCCUUGGCGCCGUAUCUUGAGCGGAAGGGCGUGCAAUAUGCUGCCCAUCUUGGGACGUGGAGUGCAUUUUUUGUUGUAUUCGCACUUGGCAUGGUCUCCUGGAUCCUGGUUGAUUGGACACUGUAUAUCAAGCUGCAUUCCGCGAGAUGCAUCGAGUUGGAUGAGGAUACCCCAGCAUUUGCUCGGCCUCAACGCCACCGAUCAUCCCAAACUACUCGCCGCCCGUUCAUGCAAUGGUUUGGUGCCUGGCUCGGCCGUGAACUGCUAGCCCUGCCCAUCUGGAUCAUGGCAGUGUACGGCGGUGUGACGGUCGUUUGGCGGGACCGGCGGUUUAAGGUCGGCUUCGAUGCGAAAGUUCGGGAGAUUGAUCCCUCUCCUCCACCACCUGUGGAGGUGUCGCCUUCUACCGGAGCGGUAGCGGGCAAGACUGGCACCAACAUCCGAAGCCAGGAGCCACUCAACAACCUGUCUGCCCGCAGACAUCUCACCAGCAUUCUCAGCAGGCCUCUCCUCGCCCUCAUUCUCACCAAUAGUCAUCUCAAUCUCCUGAGUCUGAGCAUCGGCACCCUCAACGUCCUCAUCACCUUCAACGGCAGCCCACGCCGUCCGCUCAGCGAGGAACACAGCGUCGUGACCAGCAUCGUUCUUAACAUCAAGGUCUGCACCAGCUUCGACAAGCGCCUUGACACAUUCCAAGUGCGCGUUAAGCGCAGCCCAGUGCAGAGGUGUGUUACCAGAGUUGUUGCGGUGGUUAACAAAUGCAGUACGCUGGGCAGCGUCUGCAGACGACAGCUUUUGGAGCAGGGUCUUGAGAAUUUCUGGGUGGACGGGGAAGUGCAGAACGCAGGAUCCAGAGCCACCCUCGCUCUCAUCAGCCAUGUCGAUGGCAGAUGCCACGAUCUGGGACUCGUUGCAGCCGUGUUGGCCGGCGAGGUUGGCGAUGUCCUCAUUUAG